GCAUGAGCUUCAACGGAAUAGCGAUCUCAGGGAAUACAACAGCAAACUCCAAAAGAGGAAUAUUGACACGGAGAAUGCAGAAACGCUAAUUAAAAACAGGGAAAGACAGCAAGAAAUGGUUGAACAUGAAAACCGCAAGUAUGAAAGUCAGAUGCGGUAUGGACAGAGAACUGAAGAAAUGGUGCACCAAAGAAAGACCGAGCGAUCAGAAAGGGACAGGAAACUCCAGAUGCGCAACCAGAUUGUUGCAGACAAUCUGGCAGCCUCAAACAAGGACCAGGCUACUGCUAUGGCCCUGAAGGAGGAGCAGAGACUUGCUAAAGAUGUGGCUAAAAUAGAUGCUAAAGACGCAGAGCGGCUGAAACAAAAGAAGGAUGAGAGAGCUGCAAUGCAUCAGUCAAAUUCUGCUAGCAAUCAGUUAAUGAUAGGGUUGAAAAAGCAGAGGGAACAAGAUGAACGUCAGCUCUGUAUGAACCAGCUGCAGAUGGACAAAAACGCUGACGGGUUGUUCAUGGAAGAAACCAAAGUGAAGGCUCAGAAAACCAAAGAGAACAACAUCCAAGUGAGUAAAUUCAAUGCCAACAUGGCAAGUCAGAAACAAGCCCACCUUCAGCAGCUGAAAAGGGAAGAACAUGAAGCUGAAGCCAGGAAUGCAGAACAGACUGCUAUGGAGGAGAAACAAUUCCAGCAGCGUGUGCAGCAUGAUCUUCACAAGGCUUCAGAGAAGCUACAGAAGAAACGUGGAGAACUCCAGAAUUUGCAGCUCAGCAAUAAAAAGACUACCCACCUCCCACCCAUUUCCAAAGAAAGAUUAACUGUAAAGGGUCAGACUUGCCUCUCCUCUUCACCUGAUGACUCUGAGGUUCAGGUGCCCUCUACAAUUGCACCAUAUCCUUGCCUCCCACCAAUUUCCAAAGCAGUUAACAACCCUUUAACUGCUAAGGUUCCAGCUACAGGAGGGCGUCGUGACAGACCCCCCCCGGAUCGCAGACACUUAUCUCCAGAUACUUCGCAGCCAACGCCCAAACGUGGCAGGCCUAAGAUUGAGAAAGAGCCACAGAGUGGCAGAUCCCCCCCGGAUUACAGAUACUUAUCUGCAGAUACUUUUCAGCCAAUGCCCAGACGUGGCAGGCCUAAGACUGAGAAAGAGCCACAGAGUGGCAGAUCCCCCCCGGAUUACACCUACUUAUCUGCAGAUACUUUUCAGCCAAUGCCCAGACGUGGCAGGCCUAAGAAGAAGAGACAGCUGCAGCGUCACAACGUGGAGCAGCCCUCUGAACAUCGCUGUCCUCGCUACAACGUGAAACCUCACCCCCUCCCUCUGGGCUAUAAAUAUGUAAACAAGCAGAGGAACAAAAUGAAAUAAGAUGACCAGCCAGACCAACUUACUUAAUUCCUGUCCCAUCUCCUCAUUUAACCACUUUUGUUGUUUGCACCGCUUCCUUACUGUCAGGUUCUGAUUCAUUCCAGACCUUUCUUUGAGGGAUUGAUGGGUUUACGCCGGGUGCUCCGGUUUCCCCCACUCAAUUAUCCAGGUGAAAUUAGCAAAAAUAUAUUGCUAAUUUUAGCUGGAUAAUGGGGAAAAAAACAAGUCAGCGGCAACAAAUAUACAAUUUCUGACCUCAUAUUUUCAUCUCUGACAUUCCCUUUUCCUCUUCAUCUUUCCCUUCAUUUUAAUCUGUUUUAAUUAUUCUGCUGACUGCAAGUUUUCCUUCCAUUUU